AUGGAUAAAGCGUUUGACGAAAUUAUUGGAAGUGAUCAUGGAGAGGACUCACCAAACCACAAGGUAACGAGAUACCGUCGGAGAGAUUUAAGAAACGAAUUGGGCCCUAGACUAGGGUUUGGGUCUUCAGAUCCGGCACUAAAAUCGGAGGAUCGUGUUUAUGAACAAAGGGAGGAGUCGCCUUUACCUAAGAGAAUUAGAAUAUCCAAGAUACCAUUGGACGUUUCCGAUUACACCCUUGAUGACAUGAUGAAGGAGUUUGGCGUACCGGUGUUUUCUAAGAUUUUUGAUAAUAAAGAAGAUCGUACAUGUAUUUACGAAUUUGGAGACGGAGAAGUAAUGGAAAAUAUUGUCGAACGUUAUAAUGGACAUGAAUUGAAUGGCGCCAAAAUUGAAGUAGAAAUCUACCAACCUCAAAGAAAGCAUUCCAGGAUUAACCCACACAGUCGUCACAAGCAGUCGAUUCAAGACCGUGGAAGAGGGAGACCAGGUAGCCAUUAUCGUCAAAAAUCCAGCAGAGUCUCUAAAAAGAGCAAGGCCCGUGAAAAUAAUACUCCAACUUCUGUGGAAGCUCUCGAUGCUGAGUUGGAUGCUUACAUGAAAGGUUAA